CCUCAAAUCCAUAAUGACCAAAAUCCCUAAUAAAUCCCAAGAUUUUUAAUUAGCAAAUCCAUGACAAAACCCUCGUUAUAAAAUCCUUGAAGCAAACGACCCCUAAAUUUUGAACCUCCUUCGACUAUCAUGACAAAGACGAUAAAAUCUCUUACUUCCUCAAAAUGUUGAUUGUCGCUCAAUUCAGAGACAAGCUGACUACUACGAGUUCUAUUGCUAAAUCACCAUUCUAGCAAAAUUAGAGUUUCCAUUCUUGUCUCAUCUUUCUUCUGAAGUUCACUAACGGAACUCAACUUGGAGUUAGAUUGGAAUAAGAUAAAAACCUAGACUAAAGAAUAGAUCUCAAAGGGUAAGUCACCUUUGAGCUUGAGACGUGAAGCAAUAGGUCGAACUCGGUUAACAAAACAUCCUAUGCACGUGUGUCUCUUCUUACUCUCCUUUAUUGUGUGUUUGCUUCUCACACGAACAUUACCUUGUCCAUUUAAGCUUGAAGACGAUUUGAUAAGGGUCAAAUCCCAUUUCGUGAAACUCUUGGACUUUAGCAAUGGGUCAAACCCAACACAAGUCUAUUUGACCGGGCCAUAAUUAAUCGUGUUUAUUUAUCUCAUUUCAUACGAUUAUUUGUAUGCUACACUGCGUGUUGUAGGAUUAUCCCUAGUUAAAAUAUCUGAUAGAUGAAUUAUAUGGAGAUGUAUCAGAAAAGUUUAAGAAAUAGUUAUAAAAAAAAAAGCUAAUCCAGUAAUCCUAAAUUACUUUUGCGUGCACAAAUUGAUAGAUUUAUUUGGCAUUGUAAUUAACUAAUUAUAUUGAACAUGUUUAGUUAAAACUAAAGAUGAACUAUGACGGGACGGAAUCCUUGUAGCAUUCAGCCGGAAACCUCCCUCUCCUUGUCCGGAAAAGAAAAGGGGGGAAAGGAAAUCAAUUAAAAGGGGGGCAAUUUUCCGGCAUGAAACCCUGCAGAGCGAUUCCCGUCGAGUUUCUUGCUUCAGCGCAUUUCAACAGAGAACUAGAAGGGGCGAAAUCGGCUGCGAAUCGCGCGGCACCGUUGUGGAGGAGGUCAAGAUGAAAUCGGCACCGCGGCGGAACACCCUGGCCGGGUACCUGGACCAGCUGGCCGACUCGGAGAAGCACAAGGCGCGGGCGAGGGAGGCGGCGCUGGAAGGCAUGGUCCAAGAGCUGGCCAGAAUGCUGAAGCGGGACGAGGAGUUCCUCGACUCGAAUCGGAUGAGCUUGGUGGACCAGUGCCUCCGCGUCGUCAAAAAGGGGCGGUCGGCGGCGGAGCUCUUGAUGGCGGCGCGUGCGAUUGGGCUGGUGGCGAUGAUCCUCGAUGACAUGGACGCUGCUCACGAGAUCUAUCGCGAUUCCGCCCCGAAGCUGUUUGACGCUGUGAAGUCGAGCAGCUCCAAGCUGACGAUGCCCGCUCAGGUCCUCGAGUGUUUUGCCGUCCUCACUUUCUUCGGAGGAUAUCUCUCGGAGCAUCGGCUGGAAUCAAUGGCCAUGAUUUGGGCCUGCUUUUUCCACGAUUCUAGUGACGAUGGCCAAGGGAAGAAGAAAGAGCAUUCACCAGAACUUGUUGCAGCUGCCGUAUCAUCUUGGUGCUUCAUUCUGUCCAGCGAUCAUUGUGGUAUCAGCCGAGCCCACUGGCUAACAGCAAUUCCUUGCUUCUACCAUCUUCUGGGCCACGACAACGAAUCCGUCGUCCUCGCAGCAGCCGAGGCACUAGCUCUCGUCUUCGAGAUUGAUUCGCUCAUGAGUGUUCCCAACUCUGCUGCUGUGGACGAUAAUGGAACACACGGAUCGUCUUCAUCAUCGUCUUCUUCAUCGUAUCACCUAUCCAAACACGACAUUGCUAAAAAACUGAACGAGAGGGAGAGGAUGCUUGCGAUGGAAGCAACCGAUGAUGAUGAAGAGGGAAAAGAGCAACAAGAGAACAUCGCGGCUUCCAGGCUGGCGUUGGUGGCUAGGUUCUUCGAAGAAGGCAGCUCUUGCAAGAGUUUGGAGGCGACGAGGAAGGAGGGCGUGAUGUUGACAACGUGGUCGGAGAGGUCGCAGAUGGCAUUUCUAGAGGGAUUUCUAGGAAGAGAAACGUUAGCAGAGCACAUCAAGGUGAACAAGCAGUUGCAAAGUAUGUUCAAGUCGAAGAUGGCGACGAAGAAGAAGAAGCUGGUUGGUGAGAAGCCGACGGUUAUGGCCUAUGACGUAGAGAGGGAAGAAGUGAAGUCUCGUCUUCUCUACAAGCCAGAACUGAAGUGGAAGCCCGACGAGGAUGGCUCGCUAUAUACCGAGGGGAGCAAGCAAAGGCUGAUCCAGAAGAAACUCACCCAAUCGCCUGCUUCUUGGUUGAGCAAGGCGAGGACUCAGCACAUGAAGAAGCUGCGCCAAGUAGCAGCUACUGACCGCAGCAAGAACGUAAUGGAUCCCGACUACGACUAACUCCACAAACUGACCCCAAAACUCCUGCAGCUUUCUUUCCUUUCCAGUUUCAAUUCUUUUUGUGUUAAGCUGUUAGUUUCUUUUUGUUUCCUUAUCCAUAUUAAUUUAUGCAUUGAUUGAUUGUUUUUAUCAGCAAAGUAACUAGUCGUUUAGAAUUAUAACGAUAAUCUACGACUUCAGAGCUCAGUUCAGAGUAGCAAAACACAUAAUGGCCAUGCCUGAGGAAUGCCGAAUGUACAGAUGUCAUAACCAAACAAGAUUUACAUUGGCUAAAAUCAAAUCCUAACUCCUAAUUUCCUAAUAAGCACCACAGAUAAGAAGACUGGAAAAGAUGAGCACCAACUCGGAUCAGUGUAACCAUCUUAGCCCCCAAGGAUGAAGGCUUUGCAAAUUGUCCGUUUCUCGUCCCAUGAUCACCUGGCCAGAGGCCUCGAUCCUGCACCAACCAAUGAGAUACAUACAUAUAAGGAUGUAGAAGAUGCUACAAUUAGCUGACUGAGUUUGGUCUUGCCUACUAAGUGGGGUUAAGAGUUUCUGUUUGGUGUUGGAACCGAUGUAGCACCGGGGAAGUGGGGGAAAGGCAAUAAAGAUUUCAAGAAGCAUAUGGCCUUACUGUGAUUGUUAAGAUUUCAAAAGAAGAACUUACUGCUUGGUCGCUUCAUGUUCCUGCAGAACUUGCUACCACACUUGCACUGAAAUUUCUUGUUGGGUUGAUCAUUGUCAUCAUCGAAGUCGAUGCCAUAAUCCUGCAUGGACCGAACAUCAAUUCUUCAAGAAAAAAUCCAAUGUGGC